AGUAUACUGUGAACUCAUGUUAUGGAGUUUAUUAUUUAUUAUGUAUGGCCUUGUGCGUUCUGACUUUGAAAAUACCGGAAAUUUAAAAAAAAAACUCCAAAUUUUGCCGUUCUGAAAUUGGUUGACUAAAUUAUAUAGAUCGUAUAUUCGAUAAUCAUUACUGAACUGUCAAUAUUUGUUCUGAUUGUGAUAAAUAAUUUCGAUUCGUUUGGUUUAUCUGCCCUAGAUAAAGUUCAUGAGUACAAUAUUCUUAUUAGUAUGUUAUUUAACUUAAGACGAUUAAUACGGAACUUCGUCCUUGUGAAUUUAAUUCAUUGCCUCUCAGGAAUCAUUAUUUUUGUUUUAGGCGUAAUUGCUUGCAUGCACUGAAAAUGCAAUAAAUUCUUUAAGCUAUUUGAAAAAUAGUUGAACUAUUAUUUAGUAAUAAUUGUAGUUAGUAAGCAUCAAAUAUUAAACUUACACGAAAUGUUCUUUCAACAGUACCUAAGCAUGAAAUACAUUCUCGUUAUAUUCACGAUAUUAAUCUCAGCAUAUGCAAGGCGAAAACCAACAUGCCAUGCAUGCAUACACUCAGUAUGCUAUAGCCGGGAACUUAUUAUAAGGGGAUUCAAGCUCUCCGGCCAACUAGCUAUCGACAGAACGUCAAAUAUUUUAUACUUCCAUUACCGACACAAGCGUAAAGAAGUUACUGGAGCCUUCAGUUUGGAUGAAGUUAAGCUAAGCAUUCUGCCGUUAAAUUUUACUUUUGGACGUGCUGUUGAUCAACUCACUAGAAAUUUAUACACGUCCGGGGUACAAGGAGUAUAUAUAUACAACCCCUUCAAUAACUCAACCGAACUAUACGCUUUGAAAGACAAAACCAUUUGGAAUAUGCAGUACGAGGACAAAUUAUAUUACACGGAGUUCAAAAGUAAAGGACUUUAUAAAUACGAAAAUAAAAAAUCUAUCAAAAUCCCCGAGCUGUCGGAUUAUCAAAUCGAUAACUUUAUAAUCGAUAGACAGAAAGAUAUAUAUUUUAUGAGUAAUUACACAAUUCACGUGUUAAGAAAUGGCAGUAAACAGGUCGAGCUCUUUGAGGACGAAAUAUAUUAUAUGUCCACGGAUAGAAAUGGAAUUGCAUAUUUUAUACAGCCUUACACUAGAGGUAUGUAUAAAAUAAAUCAUAUGGGAAAAUUAUCAGAAGUUGGGGCUUUUAAGAAAGAUUCGGUGUUUUUAUUCGUUUUUGAUAAUGAAAAUAAUAUAAUAUACGAAGGAAAUGAUUCUAGCGUUUAUUAUUUGGCUCCAAAACUAACAAAGUGUAGUGUCACGACUAAGGGCGUGGGUAGAUUUAGGAAAAAAAUAAUAUCCACUACUGACCGAAGAAUAAGGGAAAAGUGUUGCCAGUAAAUCAAUUAGUAACCUUAAGCUGCGGAAAUAAAAACAAUGUAUUUUUUAUUAUUUAUUAAAAUAAACGAUUUCUCUGUUUACAA